AGCAGCUUGCUUAGUAACCAAGCGGAAGUUGAAGUGUCCGAGCGCUGCCUUUUCGCCGGUGGAAAAGUUACGCCGAGCACCGCAGUGAGGGAAGCGAUGUACAAGGAUUACAGAUCUGGCAGAACUGCAGGACUAAACCCGCUACCCUUCGAUCCCGCAACCAACAACGAGCCACUGCAGUUUAAUAACACCAAUGGGCCUCUGGUGUCCGAGUGUCCUCUGGAGAUCAGUUCUGACAACGGCAGCAAGAAAAGGAAGAGACCAAACCUUCCGCCAGACGGUCUGCGUAAUAUAGCAAUGGACUCCAGCUCGUUGGGAAUGCCCAUGUCAGACCCGAACGCCUGGGCCACCGCCAUGAACAACCUAGGGAUGGCGCCCAUGGGCAUAACUGGACAGCCUCUCAUUUCGGAUUUUGACCCCAGCCUUGGCAUGAUGACCGGUAUUGCGCCGAUGAAUCCGAUGAUGCCCGGCUUGGGCAUCGUGCCCCCUCCUAUUUCUCAAGACCUCCCUAUUGUGAAGGAGAUCAUCCACUGCAAGAGCUGCACCUUGUUUCCCCCCAACCCCAACCUGCCUCCUCCAGCCACGCGUGAGAGACCCCCAGGCUGUAAGACGGUGUUUGUCGGAGGUCUACCUGAAAAUGCCACCGAGCAAAUCAUAUCAGAAGUGUUUGAGCAGUGCGGCGCAAUCAGCGCCAUCCGCAAGAGCAAGAAGAACUUCUGCCACAUUCGCUUCGCCGAAGAGCACACAGUGGACAAGGCGCUGUUCCUGUCCGGUUACCGGAUCCGCCUCGGCUCCAGCACGGAUAAGAAGGACACGGGCCGGCUGCAUGUCGACUACGCUCAGGCCAGAGACGACCUGUACGAGUGGGAGUGCCGGCAGCGCAUGCUGGCCAGAGAAGAAAGACACCGGCGCAGAAUAGAGGAAGACCGUCUACGCCCGCCGUCCCCACCUCCCAUCGUUCACUACUCCGAGCACGAAUGCAGCCAGCUGGGGGAAAAAAUCAAAGAUGACUCCAAGUUUCCCGAGGCAGUGCGAGUCCUGUUGACCUGGGUGGAGCGAGGCGAAGUGAACCGCCGCAACGCCAACAACUUCUACUCCAUGAUCCAGUCGUCUAACAGCCACAUUCGCAGGCUGAUGAACGAGAAAGCAGCGCACGAGAAGGAGAUGGAGGAGGCCAAGGAGAAGUUUAAGAAUGCCCUGGCUGCCAUCCUUGUACAAUUUGAGCAGAUUGUGUCUGUAUUCCACGCUGCUUCCAAACAAAAGGCAUGGGACCAUUUCUCCAAAGCCCAACGCAAGAACCUGGACAUGUGGCGCAAGCAAGCAGAGGAAAUCAGGAACAUCCAUAACGAGGAGCUGAUGGGAAUCCGCCGGGAAGAGGAGAUGGAAAUGUCUGAUGAUGACAUGGAGGAUGCACCGGAGAGCAAAGACUCCGAUGACUCAGGGCCACUGGCACAGGUGGAGGCCCUGAGGGAGGAGAACGACAGUCUGCGUUGUCAGCUGGAUGCCUACAGGAAUGAGGUGGAGCUGCUGAAGCAGGAGCAGAGUAAAACUCAUCCUCCACGCAGCGAGGAAGACGCGACACGCCAACAACAGCUCAGCUUCCUACAACAAGCACUGCAGGGCAUGCAAAAGCAAUUGCUGAAGAUCCGUGACGAGCUGAAACAGAGAGAGACCGAGCUGGAGAAGAGCACAGAGGACAAACAGCAGCUGGAAAGUCAAAUCCAAAGCCUUAAAGACAGAAUUCAAGCCUUCCCCGCAUCACACACCCUGCCGUUGGAGAGGCCAGAGUGGGAGGACAGAGCCAGCGAUGAAAACACAAGUCAUGCCAAUGAGUCUACAGCGUCUGCAGUGGUGUCCUGCAGUCAAGAGAAAGAGAGUGUCCCAGACAAGGGUCCACCCAGUCCUGUGAAAUCUGAAAGAGAAGCCUUGCUCGUGGGAAUAAUCUCAACGUUCCUCCACGUGCAUCCGUUCGGGGCCAGCAUCGAGUACAUCUGCUCCUACUUACAGCGUCUGGACACCAAGAUUAGCACAACGGAGGUCGAGACACUGCUGGGCCGUCUGCCCUACACCUUUAAGCAGGAGCUGACGGGCGUGGGUGCCAGUCUGGAGAAACGCUGGAAGUUCUGCGGAUUUGAAGGCAUCAAGACGGCGUAGAGUCAUGCCACCGAGCAUCAAACCCCAAAGACUGGCACAGCCAGGACGAUUUGUUUUCAGGCCCACAAACAGGAGUGAGUCAUUCAGGAGUGAGUCACCGAGGCUCGGACACUUUGAUUCAGUUCGGACAGGAAGUGUGGAGUCCUGGGCUCUGGUGUGUGUACGUUCAACAGUGUUCAAGCACAGACUUGUUUGUUUGAGUGUCAGUGUGUGUGUUAGUGUGUGUGUGUGUGUUGCUGCCAUGUGGAAGGACAGGUGUGAAGCACGGAGAUAAAACAGCGCUGACCUGCCGAGGGAUUAUCACAACACAAGCAGGCUGGACUCUGGACACAAUUAUUGACACCAACUUUGUUUUAUUUUCUUUCCAUUCUUUUUUUUUUUUAAGGAAGAGAGGUACAAAGUCAAGAUGUUUCUUUUUUCUGUCUUUCUUUCCUUCUGUAUAGGUUGCUGACAGCAGUUUUGGUUCACAUAUUCUGUAAAUGUUUGAAUAACGUACUAUUUUUAAAUAAAAAAAACAAAAGAAGACCCGAGAACCCAACA